CCAGGGUGUUCCGGAGGAGGGCAGCCGGACUACGGGAAGCGGCAGGCGGAGGCCGGCUGGAGGCAACUCUGGGAUCUGGGUGUGGAAGCCCAGUGUUAGGAGUCAGAGGCAUGCUGCGUCCCAAGGCUUUGACCCAGGUGCUUAGCCAAGCCAACACUGGAGGUGUCCAGAGCACCCUGCUGCUGAAUAACGAGGGGUCUCUGCUUGCCUACUCCGGUUACGGGGAUACGGACGCCCGAGUCACUGCGGCCAUCGCCAGUAACAUCUGGGCCGCCUACGAUCGGAACGGGAACCAAGCGUUUAAUGAAGACAAUCUCAAAUUCAUCCUCAUGGACUGCAUGGAGGGUCGUGUAGCCAUCACCCGUGUGGCCAACCUUCUGCUGUGUAUGUACGCCAAGGAGACCGUGGGCUUCGGAAUGCUCAAGGCCAAGGCCCAGGCCUUGGUGCAGUACCUAGAGGAGCCCCUCACCCAAGUAGCAGCAUCAUAAUGGGCCUUGGUGGAAGUUGGGGUCAGAAAAGAUAGAUGACCGUUUGGAGGGGUGGCAUCCCCUGGGAAAACUGGACUGUGGGGGGAGGAAAAACCUUUGUGUUUUCCACGAAUAAACUUUAACUCCUGU